CUUCAUACCAAAUACAAUUAGGUUGCUAUGGUAGACGUUGUAUUUCCAAACGAAUUAAUACAAACCUACACAACUACAAGUAGGGCUGGCUAUUUGGUCCCGGACUGUUUGGUUUUACCCGAAACCGGACCGUAUAACUUGGACCGGGACCGGACUGGGACCAGAUAGCAAACAAUGCAAUCUCAUAUUCGGGUUUAGAUUUGAGGUAAAAAAACCGGAUAAGAGACCCCCAACACCUAAAAUCAAGAUAAAAUUGGGACCAGACCGGGUCAAGACCGGACCAGAUCAAGACCGGACUGUAUCCAAUCCAAUCUUUGGUCCUUAUAUUCCCGAAAAAACCGGACUGGGACCGGAUCAAUUUGGUCCAAUUUAACCGGACCGGACCGUAUAGCCACCCCUAACUACAAGCACAAGCACAAGAACAUGAACAUGUAAGUCUCUGGCACUAAUGAAGUUAUCGACUUUUGAACUAAACAAAUCUCGAGACCUGAAGACUAUAUGAUCAUGGUUUACGGAGGCAAUCUAAUCACUGUUUAUCCAUAACAACAAGAUUCUCCUUAGUGAUGUCUUUCUCUUUCUCAUAUGUUCAUCUGCAACACUCCUAUUAUAAGCAACACAAUUUGAAUGACCUUGUUUUCACCUUAUGUAGUAGUAGGACUUAGUUGGACUAGAGUAAGGUCAAGGAUAGCCAACCAAGUAACAUAACAAUGCUUGUGAUUAUCACAAACCUUUCUAAGCUAAAAUCAAUCCACCUGUGAAUUAUCGUGUUUGAUUGCAUCACAUACUUACUUGAUAUGAAUUGUUUCCUUGUUUGCAUUCCUACCCAGGCCAAUCCAUCAACAUUUACCGUUAGAUACAACUUAUAUCAUCCUUCACUUGCACUAUAGUUUGUCCCGGAGCAAGGACUCCUAAUUUUCGAUAUGACACUCUUAUCAUUGAAAUGAGUAAGGUGGAAGGAAUUAGUGAUAUUGGAUGUAACCUAUGAGUACUUAAGGGGUACUCGUUACUUGAGAUUCGUCCAGAGUCAACUUGGGCCGUUUAAUUUGUACCAAAAACAACAACCCAACUCUACAUCACAAUACAACUGGAUUAGGUACAUACCAAUUUCCUAAAAUUCGAGUGUUCAGUCAGUGGCCCAGAAUUAAACUACAUUGGAUCAACACCAUCCAUCUCUGUCUCUCCUGCUUAACUAAGUGAACCAUGGAAGUUCUGGCUGUUAGGGUUUCCCCUUCACAGAAAAUUCUCCAACCAGAAAUAGUAUCAGGGGACCCGUAAUUAGGAAGCUGCCAUUGUUUGCUCUGAUAAUCUUUUUGAGUUCUGAAUGAAAAACCUUUUUACUUCUUAACUGCGGUUGUCUAUGUUUGACCUACACCGAACCCAAAGGACUUUGUCAAUGGCGAAAAUGAAGUAUACACAUUAGUAUGAUCCAAAUAGUAGUUUGCUUGGUUCUGUGACGCCAGCUCUGAACCUGGAUCUGGGAGAUAGAGAUAGUAACUUGUGGUCUGCCAGUAAACAGAACUGCAAGCCUUGCUUACCUUUCGUUAGGAAUGAGACCAAGCCUCCCCAGAAAAGAAUAAAAGGAAAAAAUAAACUUUGAAAUCACUCAAACAUCUCCUCUGUCUCACUCUCUCUUCCUUCCCCUGCAUCGCUGUCCGUCACCUUCCUUCCUUCCUCUGAGGAAGAUGAAGAGAAAGAGGAAGCAGCUGAAAGUUGUUAGCAGAAGAUAUACAAAACUAAAGGUGGAGAGGGGAACGGAAACAACAAUACUUGAGAAUGACUUCUCUCCCUCCACCAGCACCCUAACCCCAGUUUCUUCCCAGGACAAACCCAUCUCACCAAAUCCCAUUUCUUUUCUCUACACAAACAACAAAAUAAAAUAAAAACCCAACCUCCCCAACAACAGAGAAGCAGAAAAGAUUGCUUCUUUGGAUGUAAGUAAGUAAGCAAGCAAGUCCCUUUCUUUUUUCCCACUAGCUUAUCAACCUCUGUUUUUCUUCCUCCCCUGUUUCUUAUCAUUACCCAAAUUUCUGUUUAUCAGGUCUUUAUAUAGUACAAUCUCCUCCUUAUUCCCCCCCCCCCCCCCCCCCCCCCCCCCCCCCUUCAAUUGAUUUCCUCUUUUGUAUUGUUCCAUAAUAUGCAGCCGUCGAUUCGGAGGAAAUCCCAUCACUUCUCGUCCUUCACGGCGGCAGCAAUGAAGCAGAGGAAGAACAACAACCUCUCUGUUUUCGUCGUCGUCUUCUCCGUCUUCCUCUUUGGGAUUUUCAUGUACAACGAAGACGUCCAGUCAAUGGCUGAGUUCCCCUUCUCCUGGCCCACUUCCCCAGAAGCGGCCCAAGAUCCCAACCCAACCACAGCCACCGCCAUUUUGGCAGCGGCGGCAGAGCAAGGGAAAAUUAAGCAGGGGAGUGAUGAAAUUGAAACCGCGGCCCAAGAAGCAGAGGUAGUAGAAGUAGUAGUAGAAGAAGAAGAAGGAGAUGAUGAUGAUUUGGACGACGUGGAAUUGCCUCCGGAAGAUUGCGAUCUGUACAGCGGCCAAUGGGUGUUCGACAACGAGACGCACCCGCUGUACGAGGAGGAGAAAUGCGAGUUCUUGACGGCGCAGGUGACUUGUAUGCGGAAUGGAAGGAAGGAUUCCAUGUACCAGAACUGGAGGUGGCAGCCCAGAGACUGUUCUUUGCCCAAGUUCAAGGCGAGGCUGCUGCUGAAGAAGCUAAGGAACAAGAGGCUGAUGUUCGUUGGUGACUCGCUGAAUCGGAACCAGUGGGAAUCAAUGAUUUGCUUGGUUCAGUCCGUGAUCCCUCCGGGUAGAAAGAGCUUGAACAAGAACGGUUCGUUGGCUGUUUUCAGGAUCGAGGACUACAACGCGACAGUGGAGUUCUACUGGGCGCCGUUUUUGGUGGAGUCGAAUUCUGACGAUCCGACGAUGCACAGCAUCUUGAACCGAAUCAUAAUGCCGGAAUCCAUCGACAAGCACGGAGCCAACUGGAAGAACGUGGAUUACCUCAUCUUCAACACCUACAUCUGGUGGAUGAACACCUUCGCCAUGAAAGUCUUACGAGGAUCGUUCGAUGAAGGAUCAACGGAGUACGACGAGAUCCCACGGCCCGUAGCUUAUCAGCGAGUGUUGAACACGUGGUCCAAUUGGGUUGAAGGAAACGUGGAUCCUAACCGCACCACCGUGUUCUUCAGUAGCAUGUCCCCUCUCCAUAUCAAGAGCGAGGACUGGGAGAACCCGAACGGGAUAAAGUGCGCGCUGGAAACGGCGCCGGUUCUGAACCAAACGAUGCCGCUAGAGGUGGGGACGGACCGGCGGCUGCUGGCCAUAGCGGCGAACGUGACGGCGGGUAUGAAGGUGCCGGUCCACUUCAACAACAUAACGCGGUUGUCGGAGUACAGGAAAGACGCGCACACGUCGGUGCACACGAUCCGGCAGGGGAAGAUGCUGUCGCCGGAGCAGCAGGCGGAUCCGGCGACGUACGCCGACUGCAUACAUUGGUGCCUGCCCGGGCUGCCCGAUACGUGGAACGAGUUCAUCUAUACUCGCAUUAUUUCUCGCUCCUGACAAUUUUGGGAGUGGGGGCAGGAAAGUAAUAAAGCCCACAACUACACAGCAAAAGGGUAAAAAAAGACAAAAAUGAAAAAUCGAUUUUUGGUUCUUUUUUGUGAAUUAAUUGAUAUUUUUUUUUGGGGGGUUUUGGACAAUAUUUCUUUUUCAAAUGUGAAGAGCGUUACUGUAAAUUGAAAUUUUCAAUAGUAGGAUGCCUCUCGAUCGAUAAUCAAUUGUACAACUCGCAAUUAAUCAUGUCAUGUCGACUGUUGUCAUUUUGAUUUUUUUACUUCCCUUCACAGAAACUUGAAUUUUGAGUGCCGCUGUAAUUUUCAUGUUGGAAUGACGGCUUUAGCCUACAGGGCUAAGGGGAAACUUUUAAGGACAUAAAAUGAGGAGAUUCAG